CUAUAGCCUUCGAACACAUUGUGCCAGAAUUAAUUUGCCCAAUUCUGAAUGGACACACUACUUUGUCCAGGGACUCAUUCCCGAGAUUCGCGAGUACGUUGUUUUGCAACAACCUGAAAAUUUGGAAUCGGCAGAAAACUUCGCUAAGCUAAAAGAGUCAGUAUUGCAAGGUUCGAGUAAACGCGCAGACUUUAACCCAUAAGGAAGUAUCAGCGCAAAUUUUGGAAGAACUCUCAAAAGCAAUCAACCCUAAGGAUAAGUCGAUUAGUGCUGUGGGUCCAGCUUCAGAUCAAAACCCUCACAUGAGCAGAUCUGAGAUGAAGCAAAUUAUUAGAGACGAAUUUCGCGAAUUAAUGGGAAGCAAUAUCAAUAAUAGACCCAGUGGUUAUAAUCAGCCCUCAAACCAGAAUUUUCAGCCAAGGAGUUCCAGGUCUCGUUUUGGCGAUGCUGUUUGCUAUAAUUGUGGUCGAAAAGGACAUACUUAUUAUUUUUGUCGUUCAAAACCUGAUCCUGGCAAUUUUCGUCGUGGUAGUGGUAGACAAAAUUUUUAUCAAAAUAGGGGUCAAAACACUUCUGACUGGCAGUCUAAGCUGAAGGGAAACUGAAAAGUGCCCCUGUCUCGUUAGAAAAUAAACCCGUGAUGGGGGCGUCAAAUACUGUACAAAAACCUUUAAUGAAACUUGUAGACCGAAAUUUAUCGGUAGGAUCGUACAAUGCUGAUAAACUUACUUUCAGUAAAGCCAAGCCUGCCGAUAUUUCAGUAGAUGAGAGAGUUGAUUUAGCGCGACAUAUUAUUGUCAAAGAUAAUUGUCAAACCUCGCCAAAACAUUCAUCUAGUCACCCUCCGCAGACUGGUAGACAAAAACAAGGCGCUUGUUUGGAGAGUAGUAUCGUCAUUAUUUUGUCCAUUAUUUUAGCUAUCGUUAUUAAGGUACUUGAAUUGUUUGAAAUAGUCAUAACAAGUACUGUGGAAGUACUUAAACAACCUCCGGUGUCUAGCAAGGGACACGCGACUUUAGUUUCAGGCGCUAGUACGCCGAAUUUUUCUGCUUUGUCUGUUCAGGAUAAAACUCCUGAGUGUUUAUGUAAGGUCUCAAAAGAAGAGCCUCCAAGUUUUAAAAGUGUUGUUCUCGAAGAAAACAGCCUAGUUUUUGAACAAGCAGAUGUUUUUAAU